UUUGACCCCACCUGCAAGGCUCUGAGUCGGUGGUGAUGUCAGCCUGUGGGCAGAGCAUCUAUAUCUAUUUUGGGGGUUCAGCUGUCCUCUUCAUCUUCAUCUGUCUCCUCUUCCUCCUGUUUGCUUGCGCUCUUCGUCAGCUUGGCCUGCGUACACGGGACGAUGGAAACGACGGUGGAAACAGCUGAGCUAUUGGCGGCCCCCCAGCCCGAGUUGACGCCAAUGUCAGAUGAUGCCGUCACAAAGGGCGGGGCGGCUACGCCCUCUGAUGACUGUGACGCCCCCUCUGAUCCCAUGGAGGAGUUCAGCAGGCGACUGCAAGAAAUCAUCAGUGCCAACGCUCAGGCCGCGGAGGACACGCACGAUGGUGACAGCUGUACCGUGGAAUCAGAGUAUUCCGGUGUGGUGGCCAGUCUGAGCGGGGGGGUGUGGUCUCCUGAGGAAAAACUAGAACAUUUGAUGAGGAAACAUGCUGAGCUGUUGCUGUGCAGGCGUGACGAUGAGAAAGAACUUCAGGUUCUACGUAACAACGUUGGCGUUCUGCAGGCCGAGCGACAGCAGCUGGAGAAAUUGUGCACAGAAGUCCAACAUUACUACAAUACACUCAGGGAGGAGGCGCUGCUGCGCUGCAAAGGGGAUGAGGAGAAGAGGAAGGAGAUGACAAGUCACUUCCAGAAAGUUCUGUGCGACAUCCAGGCGCAGAUCGAGCAGCACAGCACUCGCAACAGCAAACUCUGGGGCGAGAACGCUAACCUGAGCGACAAACUACACAAACUGCUGGAGCAGUGCGAGCGCAGGGACGAGAGCCAGCAGAAGAUCAAUCGCCAUCGUGACCUCCAGCAGCAGCUGACCGAAGCCAAGUUGGAGCAGGCCAACGCUCUGCUGGUAGAAGCCCAGGAGAAGCACCAGCGUGAGAAGGAAUACUUACUGCACCAGGCGGCUGAGUGGAAGCUGCAGACGCGCACACUCAGCGAGCACGCCGCUAUCACGCAAGCGCAGUUGGCGCUCUACUCCCAAAAGUUUGACGAGUUCCAGAAAACGUUAGCCAAGAGCAACGAGAUCUACGCUCGCUUCAAGCAAGAGAUGGAGAACAUGUCUGAGAAGAUGAAAACGUUGGAGAAAGAAUCCAACGUGUGGAAGUUGAGGUUUGAGAACUGCAACAAAGCUCUGACCGACCUGAUUGAAGAGAGAGCCGAGAAGGGCAAAGAGUACGAGACGUUUGUCGUAACGAUCCACAAGUUGGAGAAGUUGUGUCGUGUCCUUCAGGACGAGAGAAAGGUUCUUUACGCUAAGAUCAAAGAGGUCCGUCAAGCUAAAGACGACCCCUCCUCAAAGGACAUGACGCUCCACCCGGACGAAGGUGGAGCUACUGUGGUGACGCCCGAGAUGGCACUAACAGAGGACAUGGAGCGCCUGAGGGCGGAGCAAGCCAAGCUGCAGGAGUUUGCCGAUGCUUUGAUGGCGUCUCACGGCGCCAACCGAGAAGACAAAGACGAGGACUUGGACCCCAACCAAGACCUUGUGGCCUCUGCCUUCACGCUGUUCAGCAGCAAAGGUCAACACCAAGACCAUGAACAGACGUCUGAAGAGACCCCACCACUACCAGAACCACAAGGAGAUCUACAAACUAAACCAGAAACAGACAUGGAUGCAAAACCAGAAAUAGAAACAAAACCAGAAUCAGAAAUGAAACCAGAAACAGCAGGAGAACCACAAUCUGAACCAGGAGUCAACAUAGAAGCAAUAUCAGAACCACAAAUUAUACCAGAGUCUGAAUCAAAACCAGAACCAGAGGCGGUUCACAAUGAAACUCCUGAGGUCAAAGUGGUAACCAAGACUGAUAACCUAAAGCAGACGGUUGAAGCUGAAGCCCUGCCCACCUCUGAGGCCACGCCCCCUGCAGCGAGGCCCUCCAAAAAAGAAGCCAAGAAGAAGAAGAAGAAGACUGGCAGGAACCUUUAAACACGCAUGUCUGUGUGCUCCCGUGUCACCUGUGUGUUGUCCCUGCAAUGUGCUCAAAUGUCCACUAGAGGACAGUGUUUCCACACAGAGAACACGGCAAUGCAGUAACUACUGAGACACGAGAGGAAAGAAAAAAAACUCGUUUGAAGUGAUUUUUUUUGUUUUCCAAAAACUAUACUUUGAAUAAACAAUAAAAACUUAA